AGAGAGAGAGUCUCUUUAUUAGAGUGGCGAUCCUUGCAGAACAAAGACUCUUUCUUUCUUGCAACAAAAAUGCAAUGUUCAAAAGAAACCAUUGUUCGUUUGUUCUACAAUGCCUCCAGUUCUUUCCAGCUUCUCUUCCUCUUCUUCUACCUCACAUCCAUUUUUCUUUCCAAAUUCUUGUUCUUCAUUUCUGCCAUCCCAUUCCUCCCAAGAAAUGAUGAAGAAUAUGAAUAUUCUACAGUUACGGACGAAGAAGAGGAGGAGGAGGAGGAAGUGGAAGUGGAAGUGGAAGAUGACGAUGAAGGGUUUUAUUACGAUGAGGGUCCAGAGAAAGAUCAUCUGGUCGCUGAUAUCAUCGAAGAUGGUGAAAACCUCCUCUUUUUGCAGACUAGUGCAACAAGUUCAUGUCAAAACAGUGUAAUUUUUGACGAGGAGAUCGUGAAUGACCCUCUAGAGAGAGCAGCUGUUAGUGAUGAUUCGCCAUUCUAUAGCGCACCAGAGUCCGACUCCGAAGAACACAAUAAUCAAGAAGAUCGCCCUGAGGAAGAGGACGACGAAGAUGACGAUGAAGAUAGGGACACCAUAUCAUUGACCGCUGGUUCUAAAUCUGCAUCUACUUCUUUUAGAUAUGAUAUGAAUACACCCGCCAUAACCACUCGUGCAAAGUCUGCUUGUACUUCUUUCAGAUACGUUGGAGACGAACCAUCUUUGCGUGUCACCAAGAAGAUCGCUUUUGUACUUGAUGAUGACAAAAUUGAAGAGAAGUACCGUGAAACCGGAAAGAAGUUGGAAUCAAACUUAACGCAAGUCGACAAGUUCUUGAACCUCGCAUCAUUGAAUCCGGUGACAAAAAGAUUUGAACUAGAGGAAAAGGAUAAAGAAGAGAUCUUUGGUGAUACGAAUACUGUCGGAUCAACAUCUAAAAGUUCAUCUGAAUGGCGAAGCUCCAUUAAUUGCAGAGAUCCGAGUUACGAUCCAUUUUCGUCUUCAUCAAGAAGAAGUUGCCCCAAAUGGGAGUCUUACACCGUUUUUCAGAAAUACGAUGAAGAAAUGUUGUUUUUAGAUAGAAUUAGUGCACAAAAGCUUCAAGAAACAGAGUCGUUUAGGUCGUCAAUGACGUGCCAUUCAUCAAUAUCAGAAAAGAUCAUCCACAAAUUAGCAUCAAGAAACAGAAAAACAUCGUAUAUUUACCAGAAUUCGUAUCACGAACUGGAAGCGGCCUACGUAGCACAAAUUUGUUUGACUUGGGAAGCUCUUAAUUGGAACUACAAGUACUUCCACCAAUUAAGAGUUUCGCGUCGUGACUCAGACCUUGGAUGCCCUGCAUAUGUCGCACAACAAUUUCAACAAUUUCAAGUGCUUUUACAACGGUACAUCGAGAACGAGCCUUAUGAAAACGGUAGGAGACCUGUAGUUUAUGCGAGAAUGAGAAGUCUGGCUCCGAAGUUGCUUCAAGUCCCAGAAUACCGAGAUUCUGAUGAUGAGAAGAAAGACGAAUAUUUGGGGUCAAGAAUUUCGUCAGAUUCAUUUCUUGUGAUCAUGGAAGAAGCAAUCAAAACAUUCAUGAAUUUUCUUAGGGUUGAUAAGGAGAAUCACUUCCACAUAUUUACAGAUCUUUUUCGCAUCAAAAACCCAAGAACUUCAGUCGAUCCAACUCUUCUACAGUUGCUCAAGAAAGUAAACCAUAAGAAAAAGUUGAAGCUAAGAGAUCUACAGCGAUCUCGUAAGUGCUUACGCAAAAGGAGAUCAAAGCAAGAGAACGAAAUGGAGGUGUUGAUGGCACAAAUAGACUUAAAAGUGGUGUCAAGAGUUCUGAGAACUACGGAUCUAAGUGAAGAACAGAUGCAUUGGUGUGAAGACAAGAUGACCAAAGUGAGAGUUUGUGAUGGGAAACUACAAAGAGAUUCUUCCCCACUUUUCUUUCCUGCACAUUAGCUAGCUCCUCAGACCCCACCAUACGGGUGCUUAUUGCUUUCAUGACUAGAUUAUGAAUGUGCACAUCACACCAUUUCUUUGCAUGGAAUGAUAGAGAAUAUCCCUUUUCACCCCUUUUUUCAUAGAUUGAUGAAAAAGAAGAAAAAUGGCCGUGCAUGGAUCAGAGAAGCCACAUGUAAUGACGGAUAAAGAUGAUUCGGUAUGCGCUUUUGACCCAUGCUUAUCUUCUUGUUUUUUGGACAAUAAACCAAUCACAUUAUAGUGAGUUCAACAAUGGCCAUAUUGAUACUAGCUAGCUACUCUCUUAAGUCUAGUUUUGGACGAUGGAGAUGGAUGA